CCACCAUCACAUUUUUACGGGACGUUUGGCUUGCCUUGACGUGGUCAUCACCGCACGGCCGCUACUGAGGCCCUGGAAAACCGUUUCGUACGCCAUUCCGGCAACUCAAAUAGCCGGCCGCGCCACGCACCGGGCGCACUCGCGUCGUGGCUCUGGUGUGCUGCCAGGAUGGCGCCGCUUCCAGAUCAAGUCGGCUCGCUUCUCUUUUGUCCUGCCUGUGGAAGUCUCUUGGACGUGCCUACCGACGAGGAUGUGGUGCGCUGCACUCCCUGCGGAGGAGUGGUGGAUGCCAAAGUGUACGACAAUCUCUCCAUCGUCACCAAAUCCGCGCCCAACGCCUUUCCCUCGGCAUUGAGGCAAAAGAGGACGUUGGUGCACAGUGUGGAUCCAGCCGAGGCGGGCAAGAGGGCAGAGGAUGCCACGAUCAAGGAGAAGUGUCCAAAUUGCGGCAAUGAGGAGAUGAGGUUUCACACGCUGCAAAUGAGGAGCGCGGAUGAAGGAAGCACAAUCUUUUACACUUGUCCUAGAUGCGCUUACAAGUUCAGCCAAAACAACUAGCGACGACGCUGCAGAUCGCCAGUCCGCGAUUGCUCGCCUCAGCCUGCAAUCGAGUCAGAUACCUCCUCGAAGCCCUCGCAAGUCACCCCUGUCUCGCUGCCUUGGCCCCUCUCGCGGCAUACAUCGUGCAUCCGCUGUAAUAACAUCGCCCCUGCUUUCUGCC